AUGCCACUCAUCGUCGACGUGCACACCCACGUCUACCCGCCCGCCUACAUGCGCAUGCUGCGUGGCCGCAAAACCGUCCCCUACGUCCACGACCCAUCCGACAACCCCAACGCAGACCCUCGCCUCAUAAUCCUCUCCUCAGAUGAUGACCCCUCUAUACCUCUCUCGCACCGCGGCCGCCCAGUCGACUCCUCCUACUGGGAUAUAUCCGUGAAAUUAUCUUUCAUGCGGCAGCACGGGAUAAACGUCAGCGUGAUCUCGCUCGCCAAUCCCUGGCUGGACUUCAUUGAGCCCGCUGAGGCGCAGAUGUGGGCGGAGCGAAUCAAUGAUGAUCUCGAAGCGACGUGUGCGAAAGUUAACAAGGAAGCGGAUCCGGAGGGGCUCCUGAAACUUGAGGACAAGGAGAGCUUGUUUGCGAUGGGCGCGUUGCCGCUUAGUGCGCCGGAGGCAUCGGUUGUUGUGGGUGAGAUCAAAAGGUUGAAGACGCUCCCGCAUUUACGAGGGGUUAUUAUGGGGACGACCGGGUUGGGUAAAGGGCUGGAUGAUAGGGCCCUGGACCCCGUCUGGGAGGCGCUUCAAGAGUCGGAUACUUUGAUGUUCUUGCAUCCGCAUUAUGGGCUGCCAGACGAGGCUUUUGGAGGCACUGAGGCGACGGGUCGCUAUGGGCAUGUCCUGCCGUUGGCAUUAGGGUUCCCGCUCGAGACCACGAUUGCUGUGACGCGGAUGUUGCUCUCGGGUGUGUUUGAUCGGUUCCCGAAGUUGAAGAUCCUUCUUGCGCAUUCAGGUGGCACGUUGCCCUUCCUCGCUGGCCGAAUCGAGAGCUGUAUUCUGCAUGAGCGAAAGUUCAUAUCUGGAGGUGGUGAUGUGCAGGGGCCGCAGCGGAGCAUUUGGGACGUGCUAAAGACGAAUAUCUAUCUUGAUGCGGUGGUUUAUGGGAAGCCAGGGCUGGAGGCGGCGAUUGCGGCGUCGGGGUCGGAUCGUCUUAUGUUUGGAACCGACCAUCCAUUCUUCCCGCCGUUGGAUGACAAGGAAAGCGACUGGCCUAGUGUGACGACGAACUAUAAAGCGAUCCAUGCUACUUUUGAGGGGAAAUCUGAUACAGUGAAAGAUGUUCUAGGCGGAAAUGCUGCGCAAAUUUUGAAUCUGAAGUGA